AUGAAGAUGCUUCAAGGAAUAGUGAAGGGAGGAAAUCUGCUUUUUUAUUUUGUGAUAUUUCGUGCCCCAAAAUACGGGUGUAUACCUGUCGAAAGAAAAUUGGCACUGCAAGUGAUCAUCCGUAGUCAUCAGUUGAUACACCUCCAAGAAGCUGCUCCAGAAACAACAACAACUGGAAACGACCACGAGGAAACAACCAGCCUCAAAAGCCACCGAAAGCAAGACGAGCACUACAAUCCAAGACCGCGUCAGAACACUCACUGUAAGCAAAAUCAACAAUCAGAAGACAGAGAAGACAUUGAAAUCACUGAACCACCGAAGAAAGAACCACCGAUUGCAAGAAGGAACAAUAAUCAACAGCACAGAGCGAAAUCACCAUCAGCAAAAGCAUCACGAGACGAAUCAGACGACAACCUGCAAGAACGCCCGCCCCGGAAUCCUUCACUGGAGUUCAUACACAAACUAUCGGAUGAUUGUGGUCGCACAUCAAGUGAUCGGUCACGAAAAAGAAUGGUCCAAGUGAGAAACUGUUGGAUAACCACUUCAUCGAAGCGGUGUGGAAAUGGCAAAGGAUGA